AUGGCUCUGUCAGCUAAAGGUCGACCACCAGAAGAUGAUUCUUCAUUGCCUAAAUAUCGCUUAGUGAUAAUUGGUGGUGGAGGAGUUGGCAAAAGCACAUUAACAAUACAAUUCUUUCAGAAACAAUUCGUCGAUUAUUAUGAUCCGACAAUUGAAGACCAGUACAUUCAGCAUUGUGAAGUUGACGGACAGUGGAUUAUUAUGGAUGUAUUGGAUACUGCCGGUCAAGAGGAGUUUAGUGCUAUGAGGGAACAGUAUAUGAGGACUGGAAAGGGUUUCAUGCUGGUUUAUUCGGUAUGCGAUCGAAAGUCUCUCGAAGAAGCGAAACGUUUGUAUCGUCAAGUACUUCGUGUCAAAGAUGCAACGGAAGCACCUAUAAUACUUGUGGCAAAUAAAACUGAUCUCGUUAAUCAGCGUGUAAUUUCUGAACAAGAAGGGAAAACUCUCGCCACCGAAUUGCGACUACCGUACAUUGAGACUUCUGCAAAAGAUCCACCCAUUAAUGUGGAUAAUGCUUUUCACGAGUUGGUGCGUAUUGUGAAAAGCUUUCCCGAUGAUGAAGCUGAUCUGGCCGAUAACGGAGUAAAGAACGCGAAACAAAAAGGGAAAAAGGGAAAGCAGAAGUGCGCUGUGAUG